AUAAUGUUGGCAGAACACAUAGGCAUACGUCUUGUUAAUACAUAUUAAGCAAAGUGACAUAAAAUGGCCACAAUAGUAUUUAUCGUUUGGACGGUGAUUUUGGGAGGAAUUGGACUUUUGUUGAUUCAAGUCUUCGGCUGGUUAUACAAGUUACAGAAACGGAUAGCUUUCUUUGAAACUUUCCCAGGUCCAAAACUGCACUGGAUAUACGGAAAUUUACACCAGCAUCCUGGCGCAAACCAGAAAGGGCUUGAUUGGAGAAUUAAGCACCAACGGGAAUAUGGAAAUGUUUACCGCUUGUAUUACUCAAUACUAAGACCAGUCCUCAGCUUAGAUGGACCGGAGGUUGUUAAAGCAGCGAUCAAAAGUGGGGCAAAAAAAGUUUUGUUUGGACCCAGCUAUAGGUACUUCUAUCCAUGGUUAGGAGAUGGUCUAUUGGUAAGCGAGGGUGCUAAAUGGUUCCGUAAUAGACGCCUCUUAACACCUGCUUUUCAUUUUGACAUCUUGAAACCUUACACCAACGUGUAUAACACGGCAGCAGAAAAAUUAGGGGCCAAAUUUGACAGAGUGUGCGACAAAGGCGACAGUUUUGAAAUAUUCAGUCCGGUCAGUCUCAGUACGUUAGACGUCAUGUUAACAUGUGCGUUUUCAUACAACCAGAACAUCCAAGAGACUGGAGAUGAUCACCCAUACGUGAAAGCAGUGAAGGGACUUGCCAGCCUUUUCGUUAACAGAUUUUUCAACCCAAUUAUGGACAUAGACUGGAUAUACUAUCGUACAGCAGAUGGAAAACGAUAUCUUGAAUUAUCAGAGUUUACGCACAGUGUUUCUGAAAAUGUAAUUAAAGAGAGGAGGAAAAACCUGAAGCAAAAUCCUGAUUCUGAUAGAGGUCGACUAGAUUUUGUGGAUAUUUUACUGUCGGCUAAAGAUGAAACUGGAAAGGGACUUGACGAUGUUGAAAUUAGAGAUGAAGUCGAGACAUUUAUGUUUGAAGGCCACGACACAACUGCAAGUGCUAUCUCAUGGAUACUUUACUCGCUAGCCCAUUACCAAGAAUGCUUAGCUAAAGUACAAGAAGAAUUGGACGAUGUGAUUGGUCAAGACGUCAACCAACCAAUAAAAUGGGAGGACCUGGCUAAUCUGAAUUACCUGACCUUGUGUAUCAAAGAGGGGAUGAGGUUACACAGUCCUGUACCAUAUAUCGGGAGGGUAACGGAUAAAGAGAUUGUGCUUGAGGGAAGAAAAAUUCCACCGGGAACGAUUCUUGAUAUAAACUUAUAUCAUGUCCAUCACAAUCCGGACGUUUGGGGAGAGGACCAUAUGAAAUUCAAACCAGAGAGAUUCGACAUCGAUAAUAGGGCAGACAAAGACAGCUAUUCAUUUAUACCUUUUAGCGCUGGACCACGAAACUGCAUCGGACAAAACUUUGCAAUGAACGAAAUGAAAGUGGUGAUAGGGAGAAUAGUUCACAAGUACAAUAUUUCCGUCGACGAAACGCAUGUCAUAGAAAAGGUUCCAGAACUUAUUAUGCGAGCUAAAGAUGGCAUUAAACUAUUCGUCACCUCUAGGAAAAGGGUGUAGAAUGACAAAUGCUGAGCUUGCACAUUUUCCAUAAACGAUAUUGAAGCAAAACUAUGAUGUAAAAUAUCGUGACAGACAUAUAGAUCACUAAGAUCAAUGUUAACCAGAAGCGUCAAAUCAUAAUAAUAAUGUUUUGUAAAUAUUUUUUAUGGAACAAUAAACAAUUAAAGGGCAU